CUUGCCGUCUUCUGCGGGCUUGCGACUGUCGCGAAAGGCGAGCUGCUCGAUCUGUUUGGCAAUCUUGGAGCGAGGGCCGUGAUCGUGACCGAGCAGCACGCUGACCGACUCCAUCCCGCCGUUGAUGCGCAGCACCGUCAGCGCGUGCUUGAGAUCCACGUGGUGGUUGCACGCCCAGAUCCAGCGCACCUGGUCCUCGCCCUCGCUGUUGAGCUUGAUUUUGAAGCAUCUCGCGGCCUUCACCAUGAAAUCUGGACUCUGAACGUUGGUGCCCCACCGCUCCAGGACGCUCACGGCCUCGGCGGCUGCCUUCGGAUGGGGCCCCUGCUCGAUUGCCGACAUCAGCUUGGCACGAUCGUUGGUGGCGGCCUCGGCGAG